UCCGUACUACACCUUGAAGCAUGCUCCUGUACUAUGAGCUGGCAAAGUAUGCUGGCAAACAAAUUCACUAACCAGUACCACCAUCUCCAGCAAAUGUGCCACCCGUGACCUCCACGUCCACCUCCAUCUAUACUUCGCACUCUCCCAGCCCGGACAUUUCUUGCUUCGAUGGAACUCCUCUCGACCUCUUGCCCGGUCUCUUUCUCUCGUCGCCUUUCGCUCACACCCUCUCCUCACAUGACAUGGCCAGGAAAGUCAGCAUUUCUCGAAACGACGAUGCUGGUGAUCGGAAAGAACGAGUCCGUGACUUGAAGCGUUGCCAGGCACCAUGCCAUCCGGACAAGGCCCUCCAAAAUGGUCAUGCCAACUUACUGGAUCGGUCGCAAAAGGAGAGUCCGGUGACAGCGUCGGAAACGCUGCCUUCAUUCUCUCAUCUUGCUGGCCUACUACGCUCCGAGAGGUACCAAACGACUCGAUGUCGUCAGGCUCAACAGCACCUUCACCGAGCUCAAGUGCUUGCCGCUCGCACCGCUCGGCUUGCACGCCUUGCGAGAUCAGUCCAACGUACUCUCGCUGAGUCGAUCAAGUCGGAGGACAAGCAGAGCUUUGCACACCUAUUCAACGCCUUCCAAGAUGCCAUGUCAGGCUGUAUACAUGUUCACAGCGGCGAAUCUCAACAUGAAGACGAGGGACAGAUUGCAUACCCCAGCUCUUUUAUCGAUGCCCUCCCGGAGGACUCCCAGGAACCUCUUCUGGAUUUCCUUGCCAAAGUGCGGACUGACCCUGUCUUUGUUGCGGAUCGCCUGGCUUCUCUAUCCCACAAGGAUAUCCUAGCCUUAGUCCCCCAGAAGAGUCCUUCCAGGCCUGACGAGUCGGUUUUUGACUCUCCGGGAAAGUCCGGUUCCCAAACCUCCAGGAAUCUCGGGUACGUGGUGGACGCCCAGAUCGAGCUCUGUUCUUCGUAUGAAUUCGCCAGUCCAUUGGAAACGCUGAUCCAAGUCGUGCGCCCCCUUCCGCUGGAUGAUCUGCAGAAUGAUCCAGUCGCAACGGAUGUUUGGGCCACGGCUUGCGCGAGACUAAUCACAGAGCAGAAGUACGGAAGCGACAAGCUUGUACCUGCCGUUAUUGACAUGUGGGCCUCUUCAUCGGCGUGGCCGGGAAGACAUCGCCUCGAGCUCUGGCUAUUGGAGACGCUCCAAAAAGGCUCUUUCAUCCUCGAGCAUCCGCAUACCCGAUCCUUCUCAUUACCAGUGCAGGAAAGGCGAGAGCUGCCGCCGGAAGAAGCCCGACGACAGCAUGAUUUCUACGAUCAGGCAGUGACCGGCCUUUUUCACGAGCUUGCCGAUGGCGACGCACCCAGUCUCAUCCCACCCGGAGCAAAGUCACUGUGUCAAGCGAUCUUCCGGAGACUAGAAGUUUCACCACGCCAUCAACGUGCUUUUCCGAACUUUGUUGUCAUGCGUUGGGUUUUCCCCUUGUUUCUCUCCGACGCUGUAGCAUCCUCUGAGAGCCACGGUCUGUUGACGGAUCACUUUGUCUCCGAGGCUGCACGACAGCGUAUUCUCCGUGAGGUCGUCCGAAGAGCUUACAAGGCCGCGUCGGACGUGGUAAACGCAUGGAAACUCGGGAAUGCGCCUUCGGAAGGACUCACCACGCUCGUGCAGACAAUGGCAGAUCAGCUAAUCACCCCGUCGAAAGAAACCUCGAGUACCGCAUCGUCACCGCCGAUGACCGACUCUGGCGAAUGUAUAGUCGCCGUCACGGCCGCUGACGUCCAAACCAUGGUCUACGCGCUGUACCCGCCCCCGGCAGCCAAUUCGUUCCUCAAUCGGAAUGGUUCACACUCAAGUCUGCAAUCGUCUGCAUUUUCGCUUUCGGGCUUCUCACUGUUUCAACCAGCAUCGAGUCCGGGAGCUGCAUCGCAGUGGAAUCUCCCCGGCUCAAACACCGACCAGUCAGGUGGGAGUGCGAGAUGGCUUUUCGUCGAUCAGUAUGCCACCUCCGACCUCCUUGCCGAUGCUGUAGCUGCCGCUCGACAGGCUGAGGCGGAUGGCGGCCAACUUCGCGUGGUCUGCAGUGGCAUUGACGAAAUACUGUCGGGUCACAGGGGCGCCUUUUCAGAUCACUGGUGCUUUGUCAUGAGCGAUCAUGCAGGUGGUCGCCUUCUUACCGUCCAAGGCCUUUUCGAUCGGAAGCUGGCAGACACCCCCGUUCAGACCUCCCGCACCCGAUCAGCGAGGCAACUUAUCGAGGAUCUGCUCGAGCGGAACGAGCUGCAUCCCAUGACGCCCUCUCAUGCCGGCUCUCAGGCAUCGCUCGAUUGCGCCAUGGAAGCUAACAUUCAACGAGCAUUGAGGAAGAGAGCUGCGGACUGUGAACAAGCCUCCGAUUUCGUGCAAGCACACUCAUACUUUCGCAGAGCCCAUCAUCUGCGUGAAAUGGUGGUCGAAGGAGGGGAAGUCUAUCCGUUCAUCUGUCUCCUCAAUCGAAUACAGCUGGACAAGAAGAACUCUCUGGAAGUCGCAUCGUCUGCUCUGGAAAUUUGCGAUUCGAUGGUUCGCUCGGUAGCAACGUGUCUGGACCUGACUUCGAACUCUUUGAGCGGCCUCAUGAGCACUCUGACACAACUCCGCGAUAAGAUGUGGUACGUGGCGGAGGUGAGGACUUCUGCGCCCUACGACGAUGCUCGAGCAAUCACAACCGCCUUGAAAGCAAUGGGAAGGCCUCAGAAAUCUGCUCGGACUAGACUAGCGCCAGGCGCUCAGUCGAAAGGCAGCGCAAACAGCUUCCACCUCAAGACGGAGAUGCAAGUAUUGGAUCUCAUGACUGCGCCGCCCAGUCGUGGAGGACGAUCCAAGCUCAGCGACGAUCAGUCCAAAUCGCUAGCAGCGUGGAUGGAGCGCAAUGGGGUGGAGAACCUGUGCCGCGGCGAGGAGCGUCUGCACAGAUUCUGCAUGGAAGUUCGGAAAGUCGUCGCUCAAGUGGCUGCGGAGAGCUCGCCUCUGCUUGCGAGUGAACUCUUCACUAAAGAACUUUUCACUAAAGACAGACUAGCAUCUGUACCACGGACGAACGCAGCUCAUCCAGCGACGUCUUCCAUGCCUGGCAGUGGCGGACGAUUCGAGUUGUCCAAUUUGUGGACGUAUAUCCAACCAGGCGUUGAUGCCCCUUCGACUGCAUCAUCCUACGCGCUUUCGACAACCAGCUCGCGCGGUCAAGUGGACAGCUGGAGCCCCGGUGUGAGCAAUCGAUCCUCGGCGCCCUUCUGGUCGCCCGUUGCCACGGAAGCUCGUUCGCCCUCCAGCGUUUCGAGCGUGCGGUCUGCAAACGCACGUGGUACAAUCACACCUAUGCCGCCGGGGAAAAGCCGACAAGGGGCUCUCGAAGACGAUGGAAACAACUACAUCGAAGGCCUUCGCCAACGCCUCACAUCCUUGCUCAUUAGCGAUCUCGGGAGCGGGUUGUUUGCGAAUGGCAGUGAGACGGAUGUUGCUUUCUGGACGGGGUUCGGUGGGGAGGUUGCGGAGAGGUAUCUGGAUGGCUUGCGUUCUGGCGGCUCUCAGCAAAAGCAGCAACCAGGGACAUCGCUCGCAGACUUUGACUUUGAGAAUGCAUUCGAGAAGCUCGUGCGGGAAUUCUCGACCAUCAGCAACCCACACGGUAAGCUCGCUGUACUGGUGAAUCUCGACCUUCUGCUUUGGGAGGCGAGAACGACCACCUCGUACUCCAGCAAACACAACACCGAUAAGCCAAUGUCAUCAACAGUCACCGACCUGAAAGUCGAAGGCUUCCGCCGGCUCUUCAGCAAAAAUACGACGCGUCCGCCCGCCAUCUUCCGCGACCUACAGUACAUCGCCGCCCUCGUCCCGCUCAAAACGCUCGAAGAAACCGCACAGGGCAGAGCCUUCUGGAACGCCGCGGUAGCCAUCUCCAGUCUCAAGCAAGAAUUCUGCAACAGCAUGAUUGAAACGGCCGACGGCAUCAUCGCCCACCACUCCAACACCCGCGGCGGCUCCACCAGCGCCACGCGCACCUCCUCGCGCGCCCAAGCGCAACGCGACUCCGCCGCCUUCGCCAGCCUGCCCAUCCGCACCCCCUCACCGGAAGACGUCUCCGGCCGCUCCCUCGGCGACGCCGGGCACCUGCUCCAAACCGUCGCGAAAGAAGGGCACGCCGUUGCGCAGCGCGAACUAGCGACGCUCUACCUCACCGACCCGGAACUCCUGCCGCAUAUUCUUGCGCCGCUGGCGCGCCCGCGCGACGUCUUCCGCGAGGAGCUCGAGAGCAAGUGGCGGCGGGAUCGGGAUCCGACGCGCUGCGAUCCGACGACCAUGUGUGUGGCGCAUCAUUGGAUGAGUUUGAGCAGUAAAGGCGGGGAUGCAUUGGCGAUGGAGUUUCUGCGGCAGAGGGAGGAGAUGGAGAGGUUGCCUUGAUGGGGUUUAUUUGUUGUUGUUGUUCUUCUUCUUUACUUCGCCACCUUCACCGUUCCCAAUCAUAAUCCAAGCGGGAUUCUUCGCCGUCUGUUCCUUGAAUCCAAUCCUCUCGCCGCCAGGUUUCUCGCCAUCCGCUUUCUCCUUCAUCCCAACUUCUUCUCUCGCUUGGUCUUCGACGUUCAGCAACGCUUCGCCCGCCGGCUUCCCGACACUUCCGGUAAUAGCACCGACAGGUCUGAGGGCUUUGUCUGCGAUCUGGCCGACCGGAUCACCGAUGGCUGAUAGAGGGCCUGCGUGCCUCGUUAGCCUGGUUCGCAAUUGGCAAUGGGAAGCGA